AUGAAUAAGCUACAAUUUGAGUUUAUGGUUAAACCAUCAAGCGAUGGAAAAUCAAAUUUGAUGACCGUCACCUCGAUUACCACUGAAGCUAAAGAAACAUAUGCUAUACCUGAAGAAUUACAACAAAUAAGUUUCCAUAAAGAGGUGAGUACAACUACUAUUUAUAAUAUGGUGAAAAGCUCAUUAAAAAAAAGACACCAAUUCAGAAAAGUUUGGAUACCACUGACUGAGGAAUUAAAAAAAGUUUACAUGGAUGAUUAUGACAACAUGUUAUUCGCAGGCCAGUGCUUAGAAGAAAUAACAAGUAAACAUGCUAACACUGUGAUUCAAGAAGAAAAAGAUAAUUUAAAUGCUUUAAAUUUAAAUACCUUAAAACUAUUAGAGACAUUAGUUGGAAACGCACAGAUACCUAAAGAUCAAAAUUUAAAGAACAUUUCAGAAAAAUUUGUGCUUGAAAAAUUUACAAGCAAAAAUUUAAAUGCGAAGCAUUGGAUAAAUAAUUUUGAAAAAGAAUGCAUUCGCUUUGAUGUUAAUGAGGAUUACAAAAAAAUUGAAAUUCUCAGAUUAUUUAUGGAUAAAUCUUGUACAGAUUGGUAUAGCUCUAUGAUAAUAAAAUUAACGGGAGACUCAGAAUGGAAAAUUUGGAAAACCAAAUUUUGUGAAACAUUUUCAAGUAAAGGUUGGAACCCAGUAACUUAUGCAUUAUUAUACAAAUACAGAGAUGGUUCGUUACUGGACUAUGCAAUAAAAAAAGAAAAGCUUUUGUUGGAUAUGAGAACAACAAUUGAUUCAGGUACUUUGAUAGAUCUUAUUGCAGCUGGUUUACCAGAGUUUAUACUUAAUAGGAUUGAUAGAGAGGUAUUGAAAGACACUGUAGAUUUGUUUAGUGAAAUCAGCAACUUUGAACACAUGGUAAUAAAAAAAAAAAGUUUUUUUGAGAAAAAAAAAAUUCUAAGCAUGAACUAUAAAGAAAAAAAUGAAGAAAAAAAACCAUGUAAACAUUGUGAAAAACUUAAUAAAGGAACUCGUUACCACCCUGAAUCAGUAUGUUGGUUCAACACAAGAGAAAAUGAUAGAGAGAAAAAAAAUUACAUCAAGCAUGUGAAUAAUUCAGUAGUUGAAGCUGAAUUAAAUGACACAGACCAAAAAAACUAA